CGUUGGGUCAAAGACUCUAUAAAGCCAACGGCUACAAUUCCGUUCUCUUUCCGUGUCUCUGUCAUCGGCGACAAUUUCCUCCACCAGAAGACCUCGGCGAAAACCUCGGAGCCCUUGAAACAGACGACACCCCAAUCUCGGAAAAGUUGAAAAACUCGGAUCUAUUCGUCGGCGAGUAGUUCCCAUUUAAGCUCUCAUUCGCAGCCGAUUUCUCUUUGAUUCUUUCCCUCCAGCGAGAAUCCCCUCUCUUCCUCAAUAAAUUUUUUUUUUUUUUUUUUCCUUAGAGAUUUUCGCCUUCCCAAAAGUUGUCGAUAAUGCCCGGUAUGUUCCAGCCUCCGAGACCCUGAUUUGCAAAGCCCAAAAAGCUUUUGUCUCUGAAGCCGGGAGGUAGCCAUUUUUGGCUUCUGGGCUUUGCACAUUCUGGUAAUUAAUUAAGGGUUUAUUCUUGAGUUUCUGGGAUUUUAGAUUAUUUUUCCCUUGUUUUGUAUAGUUUUCGUUUUUUGGAUUUAUUUUAGAAGGUGGGUUCUUUGAUCAAAUUUGAUUGAAGAGCCUUCUUGGGUUUGUAAUUAGUGAUGGGUUUGUUAUAGGUUUCAAAACCCAUUUGUAAAAAUUGAAAAUAUUUAAGGCAAAAAGAAACAGGUCCGUAAAUCUCUUGUGGGUUUUCGGACAAUGUCUGUUGCUGAUGUUGCUCUGGGUCCGAGUCCGAUUCGCAAGGAGCCGGUGGAUUAUCGCCCCCGGAUAGGACCUUGCUCUAGCGAGUCUAGGGAAUCGAUCCUUUUAUACCUCACUGUCGCCGGUUCUGUGAUUCCUAUGCGUGUGUUGGAGUCCGAUUCGAUAGCGUCAGUGAAGCUUAGGAUCCAGACAUGUAAAGGGUUUGUAGUCAAGAAGCAGAAGCUAGUUUAUGGAGGCAGAGAGUUAGCCAGGAACGAUUGUCUCAUCAAGGACUAUGGUGUCACCGGUGGGGAUGUUCUACAUUUGGUUCUAAGGCUCUCUGAUCUCCUACUCAUCACUGUUAGGACCACUUGUGGGAAGGAAUUUGAGUUUCAUGUUGAUCGGCAUCGAAAUGUGGGGUACCUUAAGCAACGUAUUUGGAAGAAGGAGGCGAAAAGUUUUGUUGAUGUUGAGGAUCAAGAACUUUUCUGCGAUGGUAAGAAGCUCGAUAACCAGAUACUGAUUGAUGAUAUAUGCAAGGACAACGAUGCUGUCAUUCAUUUGCUGAUUCAAAAGUCUGCAAAAGUUAGAGCUAAGCCUGUUGAGAAGGAUUUGGAACUUUCGGUUGUCGCAGCAACUGAAAGUGAAGGGAGAGAUCAAAGAGUUGAUGGGCAUAAGCAAUCCAGGGAGCUUCAAGUUGUGACAAGGGAGCCACCCGGUAGAGAUUUCUGGUUCGAACCGAUCAUUGUUAAUCCCAAGGCCGAAUUUUCCUCGUGUAUUUGGGAUAUGAUUAACUCUACAAUUGAUGGUUUAGAGAAAGGCAAUGAUCCUAUCAGGUCCUCCGAAGGCACAGGAGGAGCUUAUUUCAUGCAAAAUUCAUUGGACCAGGAUUAUGUUUCAGUUUUCAAGCCUAUCGAUGAGGAGCCCAUGGCUGUAUACAAUCCCAGGGAUCUACCUGUGUCAACAAAUGGUGAAGGGUUAAAGAGGGGGACAAAGGUAGGAGAAGGAGCAUUGAGGGAAGUUGCAGCUUAUAUAUUGGAUCAUCCAAGGAGUGGACCUCGCAUGCUGUCAGGCGAAACAAUGGGCUUUGCUGGCGUACCCCCUACCAUCAUGGUUCACUGCUUGCACAAAGGAUUUAAUCAUCCAGAAGGGUAUGAAGGCAAAUCAAAGAAUAUUAAGAUUGGAUCAUUGCAAUUGUUCAUGAAGAAUGAUGGAAGUUGUGAGGACAUUGGUCCUGGGGCUUUUCCCGUGGACGAGGUACAUAAGAUCAGUGUGCUUGAUAUAAGAAUAGCAAAUGCAGAUAGGCAUGCUGGGAACAUAUUGUUCCGCAAAGGAGAGGGUCAGACUGUACUCAUACCAAUUGAUCAUGGCUAUUGCCUGCCUGAGAAUUUUGAAGAUUGCACGUUUGAUUGGCUUUACUGGCCGCAAGCUCGCCAGCCAUACUCUCCUGACACUAUUGAAUACAUAAAUUCGCUUGAUGCCGAACAGGAUUUAGCACUUCUGAAAUUUUAUGGAUGGGACAUUCCACUUGAGUGUGCCCGCACGCUCUGUAUAUCCACCAUGCUUCUGAAGAAAGGAGUGGAGAGAGGUCUCACUCCCUUUGCCAUUGGAAGCAUCAUGUGCAGAGAAAGUGUGACAAAGGAAUCUGUGAUCGAGGAGAUUGUUCGGGAAGCCAAGGAUUCCUUGCUCCCUGGCAUGAGUGAAGCUGCAUUUCUUGAAGCUGUCUCCGAGAUCAUGGAUAACAAGCUAAAAAAAUAAUUAUCCUCUGGUUUAUAUAUAACUAUAUUAAUAUAUAUAUAUAUACACGCAUGUAUUUACCAAAUGAUUGGUCCAUUUUUGGAUGGACUGAAGGUCGUACAAAAUGUGCAUGGUUUACCCUGUUCUGUAUAGGCCUGAAGCUUUCCUGUCAACAGUUACCUGGGGUUAUAUCGGGAUGUUGAACAAAAGCUUAAGAUCAUGAAUAAAAUGUGUUAUGCAGGAUUGCCUGAGAUACUACGGAGCUUUAAUGGGAGCCUAAAAUAUUUUGUACAUAUUCAUGUCGAUGUUAAAUCCAGACUUCUAUAACGGCGGGGCCGUUGCUUGAUCUAAGAGAGCAUCAUCCAAGUGGCCUCAGCUUAAGUGGUUGUGAGUUAUAUAGCCAACUGAGGUAGAUAAGGUGUUUCUUUUGACAGUUCUAAUUCUGAGUUCUUCUUCCUUUGUGAUCGGAGGACAAUAGAUUCAACUGACUGGAAGCAAUUAAGAUUUAAAAAUUGGAGUGUGUAGAUUGUGCUCAGGUUCCAUGGAUUGCCGGAUUGUCUUUAUAUUGAUUGGAUAUCUUUGACAGGAAUUGUGGCUUGUGUGUAUGAGUGUAUGUUUGAUUUUCUAAAUAAAGCAGAAACUAUAAGAUCCUUAUCAUAUCUAUAUCCUUCUCAAUUGCU